GUCUCAAUCAAAUGAAUAUUGGGUGUGCAGGUCCCAUGAUAAGUUAAGAAAUAGUUUGCUAAGAUUACCAUAAUUUAUUAUUUGAAGCAGGCAAUUUAAGGUUUUGUGUAUAUCAUUUGUUUUUAUAAUAUACACAAACAGUCUCAUGUUUCUUUGGCACUAUUAUUUGUUAUCGUAGAUGUUUGUUUUCUUUUUAAUUAUGUACUGCAUUAAAGGUGUACAUCUGGUCCUCCGUGGGUCUAAAAAUGUUGGAUAUUCUAACUCAAAUUUCAGAGCCCUUGUUUGAACAACCCUUAACAUUAUUUGAAAGCAUUUUAUCCAGGGUAGUUUUGCUUGAGCUUUUGUUUGUAGCUGUGCCUUUAAGAUAACGUCCUCCUCCUGGGAUGGGAAAUGGACAUGUGAUCGGGAAGCUAUGACAGUCUGCCUUCCCGAAGCACAGGCAAGGGAAAAGAGAGAGAGAGAGAGCAGAGAUCAUCGAAAGGGGAGAAAAGUAUUUAAAAACAGCAAACCGUAGAAGUUUAUUUCUUUUCUAGAGGGGUUAAGGGUAAAACUGUUCAGUAAAAAGUUGGAUAAGGAAUAGGUAAGUAGGUGCAAACUAGAGAGGAAGUGGAGGGAGGGUUUAACAGGAAAGACUAAAACUGUGAGCGGGAUUGAGAUAAGGAGAUCUGAAGGUAGUGUUUAGUUGGCAAAAGGUUGAAAAGCCGGAUGUAAGGGAGUGUGAAAAAAUACAGAAAAGGGAAACAAGAAAAGAAGUAAAAAUUGCAAGGAUGUAAGUUAAUGUCUGAAUAUAUCAGAAAAAGACAGGGAAAAUUAGUGUAUAUAACCGUGAACAGUAGCAAAAGAAUAUAACUGGAAGAAAGCAGAAGGAGCCAUGCCACAUUUUACAGUAACCAAAGUACCUGACUCUUACUGUGCUACUGAGGAGGCGACCUCCAGUCCUACGAGCUGGACUGAAAAUGAGGAUUCAUGGGGAGCUGAUCGGAGCCAAACAUCAGUAACAGAGGAGAACAGUAAGCUGCUAGACAUUGAUCGCAGGAAGAGUUCAGCGCUUUAUCAAAAUCACACCGAUGAUGAAGAGGAAUGUUUUGACAGAAAUCUGGCCCUGUUUGAGGAAGAAAUGGAUACUCGUCCCAAAGUUUCUUCCCUCCUUAACCGUUUGGCUAAUUACACAAAUCUGCCUCAGGGAGCAAAAGAACAUGAAGAGGAAAGUGAGGGCAAGAAGAAGGCCACAAAGACCCCCCGAAUGGGCACAAUAAUGGGGGUUUACCUUCCUUGCCUUCAGAACAUUUUUGGGGUCAUUUUAUUCCUUCGACUACCAUGGGUGGUCGGCACAGCGGGAGUCUUACAUUCCUUCUGCAUUGUAUUUGCCUGCUGCUGCUGUACCAUGCUCACCGCUAUUUCUAUGAGCGCCAUUGCAACCAAUGGGGUAGUGCCAGCUGGAGGCUCCUAUUUCAUGAUUUCUCGAGCCCUUGGUCCAGAGUUUGGAGGUGCUGUUGGCCUCUGCUUCUACCUUGGAACAACGUUUGCAACUGCUAUGUACAUUCUGGGGGCUAUAGAAAUAUUCCUGGUGUACAUUUCACCCCAGGCAGUCAUAUUCCAUGGUGCGGGGGUGGCAGAGGAAUCAGCAGCAAUGUUAAAUAAUAUGCGAGUAUAUGGAACUGGAUUCCUGAUUAUUAUGGCUAUUAUUGUGUUUGUGGGAGUGCGAUAUGUGAACAAGUUGGCCUCUGUAUUCCUGACCUGCGUCAUAAUGUCUAUUCUGGCAAUUUAUGCAGGGGCACUGAAAUCUGCAUUUUCUCCCCCGGACUUUCCGAUUUGCUUGCUUGGCAAUCGUACUCUGUCCAAGCAUCAUUUUACUGAAUGUGCCAAGAUAGUGGAGAGGGACAACAUGACCUUUGUCACAGACCUGUGGGAUUUAUUCUGCCACCCACCGGGUCAGCUAAAUGCAACUUGUGAUGAAUAUUUUGCCCAUAACAAUGUCACCUUAGUCCAAGGAAUCCCAGGCUUGAAGAGUGGGAUCAUCUCUGAAAAUAUAUGGAGCAAUUACCUUCAAAAAGGAGACAUAAUAGAGAAGGCUUCAUUGUCAUCAAUGGAGCAUUUGGCUGUGCAGUCUCAAGAGUAUGUUUUAGCUGAUAUUACGACUUCUUUUACCCUCUUGGUUGGAAUAUUUUUCCCAUCUGUGACAGGAAUUAUGGCUGGAUCGAAUCGCUCGGGUGACCUCAAGGAUGCCCAGAAAUCAAUUCCAAUUGGAACUAUUCUUGCAAUUCUCACAACCUCCUUAGUCUACCUCAGUAAUGUCAUCCUGUUCGGAGCUUCUAUAGAUGGAGUUGUGCUCAGAGACAAGUUUGGGGAUGCAGUGCAAGGAACUCUUGUAGUUGGUGCACUUUCAUGGCCAUCUCCCUGGGUCAUUGUGAUUGGAUCCUUUUUCUCUACUUGUGGAGCUGGACUUCAGAGUUUGACUGGAGCACCUCGCCUGCUCCAAGCCAUUGCUAAGGAUGGAAUAAUUCCAUUCCUGAGGGUAUUUGGACAUGGAAAGAGUAAUGGGGAACCCACAUGGGCUCUUCUUCUAACAGCAGUUAUUGCUGAGCUGGGGAUCCUCAUUGCUUCUCUGGACCUGGUGGCACCUAUCCUAUCUAUGUUCUUUCUGAUGUGUUACCUUUUUGUAAACUUGGCAUGUGGAUUACAGACCCUUCUCCAUUCACCCAACUGGCGCCCUCGCUUUCAUUAUUAUCAUUGGACUUUGUCUUUUCUUGGAAUGGCGCUGUGCUUAGCCCUCAUGUUCAUCUCUUCCUGGUAUUAUGCCCUCAUUUCCAUGGUAAUUGCUGGAAUGAUAUACAAGUACAUUGAAUACCAUGGGGCUGAGAAAGAAUGGGGAGAUGGAAUCCGUGGAUUGUCUUUGAGUGCAGCACGUUUUGCUCUCCUGCGUCUGGAAGCGGGUCCACCUCAUACUAAGAACUGGAGACCUCAGCUACUUGUUAUGGUGAAACUGGAUUCAGAUCUCCAUGUCUCGCAACCUCGUCUUCUUUCCUUUGCCUCCCAACUAAAGGCUGGUAAAGGUUUGACCAUUGUGGGCACAGUACUUCUGGGAGACUACCUAGACAGCCAUGCAGAGUCACAGGCAGCAGAGCAGGCACUGAAACACUUAAUGGAACAAGAAAAAGUAAAAGGCUUUUGCCAAGUGGUUGUGGCUCAGAAGUUGAAAGAGGGCCUUUCACAUCUUAUACAGUCCUGUGGUCUUGGAGGAAUGAGGCAUAACACUGUAAUCAUGAGCUGGCCAAGUAGCUGGAGACAGAGUGAUGACUCACGGGCUUGGAAAUCCUUCAUUACUACCAUUCGUGUGACCACAGCUGCACGCCAAGCACUUCUGGUAGCAAAGAAUGUAUCCUUUUUCCCUGGCUCCCGUGAAACAUUAGCAGAAGGGCACAUUGAUGUUUGGUGGAUAGUACAUGAUGGGGGCAUGCUUAUGCUUCUGCCCUUCCUUCUAAAACAACACAAGGUGUGGAGGAAGUGUAAGAUGCGUAUUUUCACUGUGGCUCAGAUGGAAGACAACAGUAUUCAAAUGAAAAAGGACUUGGCUACCUUUCUUUAUCAUUUACGUAUCGCUGCUGAUGUGGAAGUAGUGGAGAUGCAUGACAGUGAUAUAUCUGCAUACACAUAUGAACGCACACUCAUGAUGGAGCAGAGAUCACAAAUGCUGAGACAAAUGCGUCUUUCUAAAACAGAUCGGGAGCGAGAGGCUCAGUUGGUGAAGGACAGGAAUUCAAUCCUGCGUUUAACCAGUGUGGGCUCUGAUGAUGAUGAAGAUACAGAGGCUGCCCCAGAGAGAGUACAUAUGACUUGGACCAGGGACAAGCACCAUGCAGUCCGUGUUGCCCAAAGCAAACCAAUGCCGAGCUUUCAGGACCUCCUCAACAUACGACCGGACCAGUCAAAUGUUCGGCGUAUGCACACAGCUGUGAAACUUAAUGAAGUCAUUGUGAAUAAAUCCCAUGAUGCCAAACUGGUUUUGCUCAACAUGCCAGGACCCCCUCGUAACCCUCAGGGUGAUGAAAAUUAUAUGGAGUUUCUAGAGGUUCUGACAGAGGGCUUGGAGCGUGUGCUGUUAGUGAGAGGAGGUGGAACAGAGGUGAUCACCAUUUACUCGUAGGCACGCAUAGAGUGCAUUACUCAGGUUGGGGGUUGUGGAAACCAAUCUGAGAGAGAGUGGAGAGAUGGAACUUUUGUUAAUGCCAAAUUAAUCCACUCCCUUGAACGGAAAAUGCUGAAAAUUCUCAGAAGUGUUGGCAUUAAAGAUCUUUUCCCAUAAAUUGUAGUUCUCAAAAAGGGAGUCACCAAAAUACCCUGUUUAAUGCCAAAGGGGAGUGCCAUGAAUGCAUUUAUUGUCCAAAGAAUCACAAUCACCUCUGACUGGAAAAAGACUGAAUAAGACAUCAUGCUGUGACAAUGUACAUCUCUAUGCAGCAGUGCUCCUGCCUUUUCAAUAAUGCUUAAUGUUCUACUCAGCUGAAGAUAUCCAGAUUAUUUAAGACGUAUCUUUGGACAAACUAAUUAUUCUUAAUUAAUAAUAUACAAAAUUACUGUAUGCAAAUAGCUCAGUUUUCAUGAAUGGGUUCAGAGAACUAGCCAUUGUUAAGUCACUGACCCCUACUAACUUAAGCAAAUUCACAAGUUUGUGCAUAUUGUUAAGACUCAGCUUUAUCAGAUCAGACUCCUGUCUCCUUAUAACCCACUGAACACCAAAUAGAACUUCUCUUGUUGGCCACAAAAACCUUGGGUGUUCUAAUGUAUUACAUUCCUGUGAAAGUGAAGCCUCCUUCCUUUUUUUUUUCAUGCAUGCUGUCCUGAUUAGAACUGUGCAUCUGGCAAUUCUUCAGACAGCAUUGCUGGUUGAGACUACUAGCCCAAAAGUCUUCUCUUAGGCCAGAGAAAUGUACUUUGUGGACUCAUGAACUAAACAUGAGUAGCAGUACCUUGAUUCAUUGCAGUUUUAUAUCCGGAAGGGAUGGGAACCCCCACUAGUUUUAUUUAAAUUUGCACUACGUUUUUUUUUUUAAUACGACAUGCAAAUUGAGCAGGUUUUAAUUUAUUGUUCAGUGCAUCAUGCUAUGUGUUUGUUCAUUCUAUGACUGCUGUCUCUAUUUCUUUGUUGUAUUGCUGGAUAGAGUAGAUACCAAAAGUAUUGAAACUAGCAAUAGCUGCAUUAUAGAGAAGCUGCCUUGUCUAGCCUGUUUUAUGGCUGGCAAUAAAAGCCUUUAUGUCUAUGUCCCCUGUUUGUUGUGGAGGAUGGGUUCAAAACUACAGAAGAACAAAUAAAGUUUUAUAAGAAGA